AUCUCAGACAAAGAAUUGUCAGGAGUUAGAAUCUCCAAUGGCAAAACUCAGAGACUUUUUUUGCUUUCUGAGGUCUUAACCAUCCAAAGUCAUGAGAAGUCCCUUUAAAAAAAAAGUGAAAUACUGUAUUGUGAAUCUUGAAAUCUGAAACCGAGAAACAGAAUUGCAGGGGAAAGAAGGAGGAAAACCUUGAACUCUUCCAGACAAUUGCUUCCAGGGGAGUUUCAGAAAGAAAAAAGAAGCAGCAAAAAGCAGAGCAGAACUUUGAAUGGCUUAUUUGUGAGGAGAUUUCAGGAACUUUCUGAAGACCAUUCUUUACUCUUUUCUGGAUAUAAUGGCUAUUGUGGAGCAAAGAGCCCUUAGGAUUGGCUUCAAGUGUCUCUCUUUAGCUACUUUUGUGCUUGUUUGUGCUGGACAAGGUGGAAAUAGGGAGAAUGGGGGUCCCGCCUGCUAUGGAGGAUUUGACCUAUACUUCAUUUUAGACAAAUCAGGAAGUGUCCUGCACCAUUGGAAUGAAAUCUACUAUUUCGUGGAACAUCUGGCCCAUAAAUUUAUAAGCCCUCAAUUGAGGAUGUCAUUUAUAGUAUUCUCAACUAGAGGGUCAACCCUAAUGAGGCUAACUGAAGACAGAGAACAGAUUCGCCAAGGCUUAGAAGAGCUACAAAAAGUCCUGCCUGGAGGAGACACGUACAUGCAUGAAGGGUUUGAAAGGGCCAAUGAGCAGAUUUAUUAUGAAAAUAUUCAAGGCUACAGGACUGCCAGUGUCAUCAUUGCUCUGACAGAUGGAGAACUCCAUGAAGAUCUUUUCUUUUAUGCAGAGCAAGAGGCUAACAGAUCCCGAGACCUUGGUGCAACUGUCUACUGUGUUGGGGUGAAAGAUUUCAAUGAAACCCAGCUGGCUCGAAUUGCUGACAGCAAGGACCACGUGUUUCCUGUAAAUGAUGGCUUUCAAGCUCUGCAAGGAAUCAUAGACUCAAUUUUGAAGAAGUCGUGCAUUGAAAUUUUGGCAGCUGAGCCUUCAAGUAUAUGUGCAGGAGAAUCAUUUCAAGUUGUUGUGAGAGGAAAUGGAUUUCGUCAUGCCCGCAAUGUGGACAGAGUACUCUGCAGCUUCAAGAUCAAUGAUUCUGUCACGCUCAACAAGAAGCCUUUUACUGUGGAAGAUACUUAUUUGCUCUGUCCAGCUCCCAUCUUAGAAGAAGUUGGCAUGAAAGCUGCACUCCAGGUCAGUAUGAAUGAUGGCCUUACCUUCAUCUCAAGCUUUGUCAUCAUCACCACUACACAAUGUUCAGAUGGUACCAUCCUGGCAAUCUCUCUGCUGAUCCUCUUCCUGCUUUUGGUCCUGGCUCUUCUCUGGUGGUUUUGGCCCCUUUGCUGUACAGUGAUUAUCAAAGAACCUCCUCCAGUCCCAGUAGAGGAAAGUGAGGACGAAGAAGAGGAUGGAUUACCUAAGAAAAAGUGGCCAACAGUAGAUGCUUCUUAUUAUGGCGGUCGAGGAGUUGGAGGUAUUAAGAGGAUGGAGGUUCGAUGGGGAGAAAAGGGAUCUACAGAAGAAGGAGCCAAGCUAGAGAAGGCCAAGAAUGCUCGCGUCAAGAUGCCAGAGCAGGAAUAUGAAUUCCCUGAGCCUCGAAAUCUCAACAACAACUUACGCAGGGCUUCUUCUACCAGGAAGUGGUAUUCACCAAUAAAGGGAAAACUUGAUGCCUUCUGUGUCCUGAUACGGAAAGGUUAUGACCGGGUGUCAGUGAUGCGCCCGCAGCCUGGUGAUACGGGACGGUGCAUCAAUUUCACUCGAGUAAAGAACCAGCCACCUGCCAAGUAUCCACUCAACAAUGCCUAUCGACCCCCUUCUCUGCCUCCUGCCCCCAUUUAUACUCCCCCACCUCCUGCUCCCCUCUCAACUCCCCCACCCCCCAGCUCCCCCACCCCACCAACACCAAACCCACCUUCCAUACUUCCCCCGCCCCCUCAUGCCCCACCACCAAACCGAGUGCCACCACCCUCUCGUCCCCCACCUCGGCCUUCUAUCUAGAAUCCAGAAUUCAUCCUUUCAGCUCUCAGAUGCCUUAGGGAAAAAAGCCCCUCUGCAGUAUUAUAGCAUACACUUUCAAGUCAAAGAGGGCUUUCCCCCCAAUGGGUGGCAAUCAAAAAAAAUCACAUACACACUUUUUUAAAAUUCAGAAGCAAUAAUAAACUGAUAACUUCAGGGUCAGCCAAAAGACAAAGAGAAAUUUUAAAGUGCCUUUUAAAAAACAAGCUGGCAGAGUGACAAAAAAAGGAAUGUUAUCUAAUCUCCACCUCUGGAAGAAGGCCAUUAUGAGAUUCCCACCCCCCCACCCCCAGAGUCAGAAGAGAAUUAGCAUGUUCUUCUAAUUAUCAGGAUGUAAUCCUAUAUUUCAUGGACUCAUUCACUGUAUUUCAAUGGCCUAAAUGGGAAUAUAUCCCAUGGAGACUCACAAGGAAGUCAUUUCCUCAUAGAUGAAAUGUGACAUGUGAUUAGAAACCAUAUUCCUGGAAUUCUCAGUGAGUUCUUCCCAACUCUACUGCACCCCAUGCCUACUUUAGCCUUGAUCUUGAGACUUCAGGAAUUAAAUAAUCUUUUGACUCUUGCAGAGUUGUAACACAUCUUCUCAAUCAAAGGAGGGUUUUGUUUUUGUUUUAUAUUGAUUUCUAGCAAGAAUCAGUAGGCAUAGAAGUUUGAAACUCCAUUAGUGGGUAUCUGAGAAGUGUACCCUCAAAGAGGCAUCAGACCGGCAGAGUGACAAUGAAGUGGAAGCAAGUGUUUGUUGAUAGAGUUGGAUAUGUUGCUUUGUAGAAGUGGAAAUAAUUUAAAGUGUCAUUCAGAGAAGAAUCAGCAUGUGUAUAAAAGGGGAACAAGUAGUUUCAAAAAUAGAAUGAACCCCAGAAUGGUAGAGCUGCAAAGAGACCAAAUUCUUCAUUUUACAUAUAAGGAAACUGAGGCUUACAAAAGUUCAGUAACUUUUCCAAGAAACAUAGAUACUAAAUAUAGAUAAGUCAAGAGUCAGAUCCAGGUCCUCUUGAUUGUAAAUCCAGUGCUUUUUCCAUUUCAAAUAGACUUUGUACAUGGCCAAGAAAUUACUCAGGAAAGGGAUCAAGCAUUUCAAUUGCAUUGAAAAAGUUCUUCUCAAGCCCUGUGGCUCAUGAGGAAUUAGGAAUACCCCAACUUUCAAUCAAAUAGCUCCUCUUUCUUAGCCCUAAUCAUUUGACAACUUUCAUUCAUGUCCAGGAUCACAGGUUAGCUAGGCUUGCAGAGAUGUGUGGCAUGAAAAAAUAAUCCAGCUGUCGUAUUUUGUAGGAAAGGAAACCUCUCAAGGACUCCCAAGCCCUUGAGGUUGAAGAUAAUCAGUCCCAUCAAACUGUUUUGUCUGCUGGCAGCACAGAACAGUAUCUUUUCCCAUCAUCCAAGUGGUGGUGGUCCCUGCUACAGCAAUAGCAAACACUUCUCUUCUUCUUCAAUGUCCUGCCUAGUACAACCCUUCUAGUAAUGGUGCUAGAGAUUUCAGAAGUAGGGAUAAAUCCCCUUCCUCAAAAGCAUGUUUCCCCUGAUCUAUGUCAGCCAUCUUUUUUGGUGUACCAAAGUGCACAGUAUUUGUACUGUGGGAAUGUGGAAUAAUCAAUCUCACAAAGGAUUGUCAGUGUUUGUUCUUCAAAUGUGAAAUUAAAAAAAAAAAAAAAACUUUGUGAAAAUGACCUUCCUCCCCAAAAAAAUCAAUAAUGUAGCAAUGAUGUCACAUGAUGUCCCCAGUCAUUCAGCAUGGCUGGGCGUGGGGAAUGGGAAUUUAUAUACACUGUAGUGAUUGAACCUGUGUUUUGUUAACAAGCUAUUAAAUACAGAAAAGUCAUCAACCAUUUUGUAAAACCUGUCAGGUCAUACUAGAGUCAGCAUUUCUAUAUGAAAGAAGCAAAGGAUAUACAAUUAUGAUCAUGAAAAUAAACAAAAUGAUUUUUCAAAGCCCAUGUUGGAGUCCAGUUCCAAAUUCAUGUUGUAUAUAUUCUUAAUGCAUGCUUACCAUAUGUUAGAUGGAAGCAUUUCCUAUCCAAUGUGGAUAAAGAGAACGGUUGUAGUAAAUUAUUAUAAAGUCAGUGAUAUUUCACGGCAGGUACCAAGCUGUGCUUGUUUGUUGUCUCAUGAUUGUAUUGCUUUUUUUAUAUAAAUGUACAAAUAUUUACUAAAGGGACGAGAACCUAUUUUACAUAAUAUUAAUUGGGAUGGACUGUUAGUCCCCAUCUGCCUUUAACAAGUCAAACUAGUUUGUGUGUAGCCUGGGACUUAGGGAUAUCAACAUGUGUCACAAUCAUAUACCAGGUUUACCAUCUAUUAAGUCAUAAGGGCUUAAAUAGAUAAAUAGCAAACUAAGAAGGUAUUCUGACCAGAAUUCACUACCUUAGAAAUAUUCCUAGAAUGAACACUAAUCUCCUAUGCACAAGACAGGAAAACACAAACAUGCAGCACUUAGCAAAGUGUCUGGCAUAUAGUAAGUGCUCAACAAAUAUUAAUCAUUAUUUGAUACACUAACACUGCAGAUUUAAUAAAUUAAUAUCAUGUAAAUCAGGUUGAACUAGCUCAUGUACUAUAUACAUAGAUAUGUCCAAUAAAAUCCUAUUUAUCUAGAAGGGUUGGGGAAGAGAUACUCUGAUUAAUUGAACAUUCUAGUUAAACUGAAUGUAACUAUAUACCAUAUGUGCAUUAUCAAUUUUCAAAGAAUUAGAGUAUUAUAAAAUACAACUAACACUAAACUAUGCUGAACAUAUUUCAUCCUUCCUUGGUUACUAAUACGGAAUUUCAGAAACUUUUAGUGCCUCAAGUUCAUUGUUAUAAACAUCCAUUAUCUUUGUACAAUACUGUAGAUGUAGAAGAUAUGAGAUAUUGGGUAGAAUCUGUAUUAUGACAUGCUCUAGAAGGUGCUUUUUAAUAAUUCCCAAAUGUCCUGUUUAUCAUUUGCCUCUUUUUCAUACACAUAGAAUACAGAUGAUGCUAAUAUAUAAACUCCAGAGCAUCAUGGCUGGGCUGCCUUUCUAAAAUAUAAUCCCUGUAGCAAAGACCAAAGCAGCCUUCUCCCAAAUUGUCCCAACUCUUUUGCUAAAAUGUUUCACUGAUUUCCUUACUGUUCUUUGUCUUUUACUUUUGCAAUAAUCAAAGCCUUCCCAAUUUCUGCAUUUGUCACUUUAUCAAUGUCAAUACCAGCUUCCUGGUGAAUCUUUCCCUGAUACACAUAUCCAGAAAAAAGUGAUAUUCUCCUUAAAUUUCCCAUAGCACUUUGUCUAGGCCUCUUCUUUGCACUUACCCCUUAAGUAUCAUAGUUAUUUGAUCAAAUAUCUUUAUUGUCUCCAGGCAACUAGGUAGUACAGUGAAUAGAGCACUGAGCCUUGGAAUCAGAAAGACCUGAGUUCAAAUCCAGCCUCAGACACUUACUAGCUGUAUCACCCUAGGCAAGUUACCUAACUCUGUUUGCCUCUGUUUCCUCAUCUGUCAAAUGAGCUGGAGAAGGAAAUGGCAAACCACUCCAAUAUCUUUGCCCCCCAAAAAAACCCCAAAACCCAAAUGGAGUCAUGAAGAGUCUAAAAUGACUGAAUAAUAAACUUUACUGCCUUUCCCUUUUUAGAUUGUGAGCUCCUUAGGAGCAGGACCUGUUUUCAUCUAUCUUGUACUCCUAGCACUGAGCACAGUGUCUUGUACAUAGUAGGCACUUAAUAAAUGUUUGUUGGAUA